AUGCCCACGUGCCCGCCCUUCCCCGGAGUGUGCGCACGCCCAGCCGCCGCGUCCCCAGGCUCCGGGGUCCGGCUCGCCACCCUGUUCUCGCAGUGGCUGGAAUGGCUCCGAGAAGCAGGCUAUCGCGUCCGCAUCCAGGAGAAACUUUAUCCCCCGUUGCUAUACCGAGGUCUUGACCACUCUGCCGAACUGGCGUUUGCUGUGGAGCCAAGCGAUGAUGUAGCAGUCCCUGGGCAGCCUAUAGUGCUGGGCUGCAGGGUAGAAGGGACCCCUCCAGUGCGAAUCACCUGGAGGAAGAAUGGGGUGGAGCUGUCGGAGAGUCCUCACUCCACCAUGCUGGCCAAUGGGUCCUUGAUGAUCGGUCACUUCCGGCUGGAUCAAGGAGACAGCCCUUCAGACGAGGGCGACUAUGAGUGUGUGGCUCAGAACCGCUUUGGGCUGGUGGUUAGCCGGAAGGCGCGCAUCCAGGCAGCAACCAUGUCGGACUUCCACGUGCACCCCCAGGCCGUCGCAGGCGAGGAGGGCGGCGUGGCCCGCUUCCAGUGCCAAAUCCACGGGCUUCCCAAACCCCUGAUCAUGUGGGAGAAGAACAGAGUCCCCAUCGAUACGGACAACGAGAGGUACACAUUGCUGCCCAAGGGUGUCCUGCAGAUUACAGGACUUCGGGCUGAGGACAGCGGUGUCUUUCCAUUUGCGUGGCCUCGAACAUUUGCCAGCGUCCGGGUCAGCCACGGGGGCCAGGCUCACUUGUGUCGGUCCCCUUCCUCCCCAGACGGCCGACCCAUCGGGGUGGAGGGCAUCCAGGUUCUGGGCACAGGGAACCUCAUCAUCUCCGAUGUGACCGUGCAGCACUCAGGCGUCUACGUCUGUGCGGCCAACAGGCCCGGCACCCGGGUGAGAAGAACAGCACAGGGCCGGCUGGUGGUGCAAGCCCCAGCAGAGUUUGUCCAGCACCCCCAGUCCAUUUCCAGACCAGCCGGGACCACAGCCAUGUUCACCUGCCAAGCCCAGGGUGAGCCGCCCCCUCACGUCACGUGGUUGAAGAAUGGCCAGGUGCUGGGGCCCGGAGGCCACGUCAGGCUCAAGAACAACAACAGCACCCUGACCAUUUCUGGAGUCGGCCCUGAAGACGAGGCCAUCUACCAGUGUGUGGCCGAGAACAGUGCUGGCUCCUCACAGGCCAGUGCCAGGCUGACCGUGCUCUGGGCUGAGGGGCUGCCCGGGCCCCCCAUCAACGUGCGGGCGGUCUCCAUAUCACCCACCGAGGUCCGGGUGUCCUGGAACGAGCCCCUGGCCAACACCAACGAGAUCAUCGGCUACGUCCUGCACAUCCGGAAGGCUGCUGACCCACCAGAGCUGGAGUAUCAGGAAGCAGUCAGCAAAGGCACCUUUCAGCACCUGGUGAGCGACCUCGAGCCCUCCACUGCCUACAGCUUCUACAUCAAGGCCUACACCCCCCGGGGGGCCAGCUCAGCCUCUCCCCCGACCCUGGCCAGCACCCUGGGCGAAGCACCCGCCCCACCCCCCUUGUCAGUGCGAGUCCUGGGCAGCUCCACCCUGCAGCUGCUGUGGGAGCCCUGGCCCCGGCUAGCCCUGCAUCGGGGCGGUUUCAAGCUGUUUUACCGCCCAGCAAGCAGGGCCGCCUUCACCGGCCCCAUCGUGCUGCCUGGAACUGUCUCCUCCUACAACCUCAGCCAGCUCGACCCCACUGCAGUGUACGAGGUGAAGCUGCUCGCCUACAACCAGCAUGGGGAUGGCAACGCCACAGUCCGCUUUGUGUCUUUGAGGGGAGCAUCUGAGAGGACAGCCCUGAGCCCACCGUGUGACUGCCGGAAGGAGGAGGCCACCAACCAGAUGUCCACCACAGGCAUCAUCAUCGGCAUCCACAUCGGGGUCACCUGCAUCAUCUUCUGUGUCCUCUUCCUCCUGUUCGGCCAAAGGGGCAGGGUCCUCUUGUGUAAGGAUGUAGAAAACCAGCUGUCCCCUCCUCAGGGCCCCCGGAGCCAGAGGGACCCUGGUAUCCUGGCACUGAAUGGGGCCAGGCUGGUAGAUCGGGACCAACUGGGCCGAGACGAGAAACGUGCGGACAUGAAGGAACUGGAGCAGCUGUUCCCCCCGGCCGGGGCAGCGGGCCAGCCAGACCGCAGCCCCAGCCCCAGCCCCAGCCCCACGCAGGAUCCUGCGGCCCCUGCCCUGUGUGAGGAGACCCCGCUCUCCAUGCUGCCACUUCAGGGGGUCGGCCUUCGGGAGGAGAGGACGUCGGAGGCCAAGGCUCCCUGCGCAGGCCUCACAGCUGCCCCCCCGCCUCAGGACGCAGGCUCCGGUCUCCUCAGUGAAGGACAAGCUGCCCGGCCAGCUCUCUCCGGACAGUAG